CCAUACAGAAGUUGUUUGAUUUCUGUUGUCCGUUGGUUACAUUAGAAUAGAAUGUCGUUAUUGCAGUCAAAAUAUUCAACUCCGUGCAAGUGAUUCUGUUGCAUCUUGAGUGACGCUUAGCAUCGAACAAUUGUUAUUAAUGUUAAUGCGUUAUGUUACUAAGGAUUAAAAAAUAUUAUUUUUCUACUGGUUAAUAAUUACAAUACGGAGUUUGGAGUCCUUAUUUUCGUAACAUACUGAUCAUUUGAUCGAAUCUUUGCUUUGUUGAGAGUAACUAACAAUCUUGGAAAAAUGUCUGGAAUUUUUGGUAUUUUUAACGACUCCCGGAGUAAUAAUUCAAUAUCUCUCAACAAAGAAAAAGAAAACUCUCAAAUACACUUACUUUCAAAAGUCAAAUCUGUUAAUAAUGACAGUCAUGUACCCUUCAAAAUUUUCUCUUCAUCUAAAAACAAAUCAAAAGGACUAUCAAUACGUUCUAAGUCCGAUCUUAAUAUUUCUACAUCUUCCUCAGGGAGUCUUGAAAAAAAUAACUUGGUAAAUUGUCUGAAAGUACAAGAUAAAUCAUGUUUUGCUAAAAAGCAGAGCUCGCCAUUGAAGAUUUUAAUGAAAUCACCUAAGAAGAAAGUUCAGCAAAGCUUGAAUAUAAAAAAGCUUUCUCCAAAAAUAUCAGCACCUAUCAUGCAAAAUAUGAUCGAUGAUUUUAAAUUUUCUAAACCUUAUACUCCUAAGAUGACUAAAAAGUCAACAAAUAUAAAACAUCCUGAACCAGAAUGUUUAGCUGGUGAUUUUGAUCCUAGAAAGUUCAUAGAUAUGACAAUGGAAAACAGCUUAGAAGAUGAUUUAAAUUGGAUGAGAUCAACAAGAAAAAGUAAUCAAUCUAUUGGAUCUAUUGAUGAUGAAGGAUUUAUUUCAGAUUUGGACAAUAAUUCUUUUGAAGUAAUGAUGGAUCAAUCCUCAUCAAUGAUGGUAAUAGAUGACAUCGAACUACCUGAUAUUUCUGAUAUUGAAGAUUAAGGUAAUUUAAGAAAAGUUAUAAGUGAAAAUGAUAAAGAAAAAUUGUAAAAAAACCCAGAAAACCAGCUAAUUUUUGUGAUCAGGACUGAUUUGUAUUAAAAAAAAAAGAUUAUAAUAUUAUCUUACAAGUACCUCUUUUACUAAAAUAGUAAAAGGUUGUCAUUCCGAAACAUAAGCAUUUUAUGUAUUAAUCGUCAUAUGAUAAAUAUUUAAGACUAAAGUACAAAUAAUUUUAUUAAUGCCGACACAUUGAAAACUGUCAACAUUAUUAUGAUGCAUGUACAAUUGUUAUUUAUGCAUCAAUUGAAUUUUGUUAUUCUAUAAUAUGUUAAACCCAAUAAAUUAUGUGUACUUUUUUCUUAAAUAUUCAGCACAUGUAUAAAAUAGAUUAACAAUGUAAAUUUGUAUUCAAAUUAUAUAGUGAUAUUAGACUAAUGUUUUACUAUAAGACUGAAUGAAUAAAUUUCUUUUU